AUCAUCUACUUCAUGAAAUUUGUAUCAUUUUCUCAUUGGCUAUAGAAAAAUAUCAUAACUGUGAUGGUUUACCAUUAUAUAUUCAUAUUAAGAUGAGCUUGUUAGCAUAAGAUUUGAGUAGUCUAAAUGGAUUACUCACUGAUAACCAAGUCCAAGUGUACCGAUGAAGAAGAUCCCACCACUCGAAAACCCGAAUACGAUCGACUAAGCAAAUUGAAAUCUUUCGAUGAAACAAGAGCUGGUGUAAAAGGACUUGUUGAUUCUGGAAUCAAACAUGUUCCAAGGAUGUUUCAUCAUCAAUUCGAGAAUAACUCAGUUUCAUGUGGCAUACAGGUUAGUAUUCCCAUUAUAGACCUCGAAAAAGUGAAGCAAAAUCGAACUACUCGUGAAGAGAUCGUCGGGAAAGUUCGAAACGCGUCCAAGACAUGGGGAUUCUUUCAAGUACUUAACCAUGGGAUACCAAUGAAUGUCAUGGAGGAAAUGAAGGACGGUGCACGUAGGUUCUUCGAGCAAGACGUGGAGUCUAAAAGCCGGUUCUUCUCUCGGGAUUACACGAAACGAGUGGUUUACAAUUCGAAUUUUGAUCUUUAUAGCGCACCGGCAGCUAAAUGGAGAGAUACAGUAGUGUGUUCCAUGGCUCCUGAUCCUCCCAAACCAGAAGAAUUGCCUGCAGUUUUCAGGGAUAUAAUGCUUGAAUACUCGAAACAAGUAAUGAAUUUGGGGUAUUUGCUGUUUGAAUUACUGUCUGAAGCUCUUGGUCUGAACCCUGAUUACCUAAAAGACAUAGAUUGUGCUAAGGGACUGGUCAUGUUAUCCCAUUACUAUCCGAUCUGUCCGCAACCAGAACUGACUCUCGGUUCAAGCAAGCAUGCAGACAAUGGCUUCCUCACUAUUCUCCUACAAGACAAUGUUGGUGGUCUCCAAGUACUUCAUCAAAAUCAAUGGAUUAAUGUACCCCCAACUCCUGGGGCACUAGUCAUUAACAUUGGAGAUCUUUUACAGCUUAUAUCAAAUGACAGAUUUACAAGUGUGGACCAUAGAGUAGUAACAAAUUCAGCAAGUCCAAGAGUAUCAGUGGCAAGCUUUUUCACUACUGCUCUUGUACCAGAUACAAGAUUAUAUGGACCUAUUAAGGAGUUGCUAUCACAAAACAACCCUCCAAAAUACAAGGAAACUACUGUUAAAGACUUUAUUACAUACUUCAACUCAAAAGGUCUUAGUGGUACUUCACCAUUACCACAUUUCAAGCUCUCUAAACCUAGCCAUGGAGAUAAAUGAUGUUUAAUUGUAAUCUUAUUUUAUAAACCUAAGCUAUGUGUGCAAUAAUUUAUGUGAAUGUUGAAAUGAUGGGUUUACUAUAAAGUUGAAUUUUCAUCAA